GAGAUGCCCGGGGCCGGGGCCGGGGCCGGGGGGCAGCGGGAGCGGCAGCGGGAGGAGGCUCAGUGGGUGCUGUUGGCAGAAGAGUCAAUCACUGAUGCACUAGAGAACACAAAUUGUGGCCCUGUUUUUACCAGACUUCGCAAUCCCAAAACAGAUGAAGCUUCCUUGUACCUGUUCAACAGUAACGCCUCUCAGAUAUAUGAAGUGAAGGCCUUUGAUGAAAACUAUCACUCUUGGUUCAUUGGGCAAUCUGUCCAGAGUGAUGGACGUCUGCUGUUUGUUACUCCCCUGGACCCAUUGUUUCUUGUAUUGCCGUAUUUUCUAAAGGCCACUGAACAGCAGGCAAAGUAUUGGCUUGUGGAUCAGAUCAUGAAAGAUGAAGAUUUUCCUGGGUGCUCUACACUACUGAAGUGUCCAAGGACUUUGCAAUCAGUUCAUCAUAUCGCGGAUGAAAAAGAAAUUGGCGAUCAGAAAUUUUAUAAAUAUAGUCAAGAGAAGACACUCUUGUGGUUAAAGAAAAAGGUGAAACAGACAGUCAAAGCCCUGAAGAGCAAUAAUCUCAAUGUAGGAGGAGGCGUGCAGUCCAGCACCUUUAUUAGAAGCAAACAAGCUGCAGAGGUGACUGAAGAGGAUUAUCUUCGUUAUGCUCAUGGUUUGCUGUCAGAUUAUCUUCCUGGUGCUCUAAGUGUGGAACUCCUCAAGAUUUUGGGGUUACCAGAUGUUUCCACUAAAGCAGCUGCAAUAGAACCACCAUUAAAGGUAGCAACACAGAGACGCAAUCAAAAGAAAGGCAGCCGACAAUGACCUUGCAAUGGAGUCGUCUUCAUAUCUGACUUUACUAAAGUGGCCAAACUGAAUCAGGGAACAUUUUCUACAGUUGCUUUAGAUUUUGCCAUGGAUCUGCUUUUAAUUUUGGAAAUUUACGCACCAGUCAGCAAGGUGUAGAAUGCUGGAGGGCUUUCAAAAGCACUUUCUUUCUGAACUUACGAUGGGAUGCUGUUUGUGUGUAUAUGACAUGACUACUUGAUAUCGGAAAAGAUGAAGGGAGGCUAAUAUUUUUCACUAACAAUUACACUGGAAUUUUGAAUUCUUACUUGCCUCAUUUACUCAGAAUCCAUGACACGAAAAUGGCAUCAUCACAACCACAUAGGCCCCCUCCUUAGUCCUACCCAAAAAGCCUAGUGUGUAAAGUAACAUGUAUAGGGUAUGAAACAAUACAUGUAAGCAGAGAAUUGGUUAAAGUCAGACUUUUUCCACUGCAACAGAGGAGAUUGGGAGGGGUUUAUGAUAGACGUCUUGUAAGAUUCUGAAGGGAUGUGCUAAGGCAAUUAAGGAAAAACUAUUUUAGUUGGAGAAUUGGUGGUAAAACUCAGGAUUGUCAGCAAAAGAAAUGGGGGAGAUUUCAGUAGGAAUUUCUUCAACCUAGAUGGUUGUUUUACUUAAAUAACGGCUGAGUUGGUGAGAUGGCUCCAUUGUUGGCGCCAGUGAACUAAGCAAGAGUCAGGAGAGGAGGAGAGAAAAUUGACAAAAAUGUGAGCUCAGAACAUAAUAGCAAAAGAAUCAAAAACAGCUAAGAAACUGUUAGCAGAAUUAUAAGCAAACGUUAGCUGGGGAAGCAUCUUCCUUUUAAAGAAUACCCCCAAAUUUUUAUACGUUUCAUAAAUGUGCUUUUUUAUAGCUAAGACUUCAAUGUGUAACAACAUGUGGUAAAAUUCUCAAUGCGACAACAGGGAUUUGGGGUACAAAUACAGAGAUCAUAUGAAUGGGAGUGCAGGCAGAAAAGGCCGUUAAAAGGGUAUUAAAACGGUAAAUAAGAUUGAGGAUUUUAAAUACAGAGCUAUUGAAUCAAAAAUUAAAGAAAUGAUGGUGAAUCCUUUUAAGAUUGGUUAGAGAGCAGCUGGAAUAUUCUGUGCAGUUUUGGAUACAGAACUAUAGCUGAUACUAGAACGAAGGAAAGGGUGCAACAUUAAUUAGUGAUGAGAGGCCGAGGAGUUUAGGACUCUUUGUUGCAGCAGAGAAAGUUGAGAAAUGGUACAGUGGGAGUAUUUAAGACAAUGAAAGGGUUUGAGAAGAUAAAUGUUGAACAACUCUUUCUGCUGGUAGAAACCUUGAGAACAAGAGGAUAUUAAUUUAAAAUUAAAAGUUUAAAAAUUGAAAUUAGGAAGAACUUUCUUUCACAUGGGAAAUAGAAUAUGCAAUGAUUUGCCAGGAAUGGAUUGUUGGAGCACAGUAGAUUGCGGCAUUUAAAAGGGAAUUAGAUAUAGAUCUGUACGUUUGAAGGAAGAGUAUAAGAGGUUAUAGGGAAAGAGCAGAGCAUUGGGAUUUGGAUAGAUGGCUUCACUGGAAAAACAAUAUACUAAGAACAAUAUACAAUAUUUACUAAUUAAAAAAACUGCAAGGAUUAUUAAUACAAUGUGUUGGAUGGGCUCAGGCUGUUUCAUCAAUUUCUAUAGGAAGGGGUACAGGAAAACAUUUGCUAGUAAACAAUUUUUUUCAGAAAAUGGAUAUUAAAUCAUAUUUGGAAAUCAACUUUAUUCUAAGGCUCUAAAAGAGGAAAUAAAACCGUUUAUAAUGUUGUGUUUGAGUCGAAUAAGUAUCGUCGGAAAUAAAUGUUUUAUAAAAUCUAAAUACAUUUCAUUUCGGGAAACAAAUCUAGGAUCUUGUUAAGUGUUUACAAGUUCCCUCCAGAGUUAAACACAAAGACGCAGAAUGAAUUAGAUUCUGAUCUGUGCAAAUAAAGGUGUGAGGCAGAAAUUGCUCAGUGCAUAUUUUGCCGUUGGUGGCAUUAAUUAAUCACCAGAGCUUCACUUGUUUGCCUGUUACUAGCACUUCCGUGCCAACCAGAUUAAUGAUCAAUGAAAUUAGGAUUUUUUACAUCAGUGGAAUUACAGGCUGGCUUGACUCAGUUUUGAAAAACAUCUGAAACACAAUUUUCCUUAACCUUCAUCUAAAAUAGGAAUUAAUUUACAAGGACUGAUUCUUAAAGAUUGAUUCUAUUCCAUGGAGCAUUACUCAGACAUGGAAAUUGCAUUGUUCAUAUUUUUGAUGUAUUAUCAGUAACCCCGGCAUUUUAUCAUGGAGCGUACUGCUCUGCUUGCACUUGUUUUAUCUUUAAUUACUGUCCAUCAUUUUAAAAAUAACAAGACACAAUAAAGAUUAUUCUGUCAAUUGAG